UCCUGGAGCGACUGUCAGUAUAAAUGUGACAAAUGCAAUCGAAUUUUCGUCGGUUCACAUAAUUUUUAUGCACACAUUCGAUCGAUUCAUAUCGAUGAGGUGAUCACGAUAAACGUCUCGUGCUUCUAUUGCAACUCUACACACCGACGCGAAUACGCUCUCAACAAACAUAUUGCUAAUGCACAUUUUCAUCAUUUGAAAUAUCGUUGUAUGUAUUGUUCGGACUAUUACUGGAACACUCGAGAAUUGAACAAACAUCGUAACAUGCACACCGACGUCGUGUACAAAUGUGAAUUAUGCGAACAAACGUUUUCGUAUCAAAACCUUUUCUACGCCCAUGUUUCAGCGCAUCAUUCGAAGAAGAAAAAGGAAAAAGAAGCUGAAUCGGACGAACAGUUGAUAUGUGAGCUCUGCGAGAAGGUUUUCAAAACCAAGGGUUCCAUUAGAAAUCACAUGAAUUUGCAUACAAAAAAAUUCGAUUAUAUUUGCGAUCAAUGUGGGUGGAAGUUCCAGACCAAGGGAAAUCUAAAAGGCCACUUGGCAAGUACACAUUCAAACGAAAGGCCGUUCAAAUGUGAACAGUGCUACAAAUGGUUCAAAACAAAGCACCAGCUGCAUAAUCAUUCGAAACACCAUGAAGACGUCAGACCAUAUCCAUGUAGCGAAUGUGGUCGAAAAUUCCGUAGGCCCUACUCACUUUCCGUUCAUAUGAGAAGCCACACCAAUUCAUGUCCAUACACGUGCCGCUACUGUGGCAAAAGCUUCCGUCAUAAUAUCACCUUACGGACUCACGAACGUGCUCAUACGGAUGACAAGCCUUACUCGUGUACAAUCGCGUCGUGCGAUUAUCGGUCGACAUCGAAAGGAAAUUUGAACAAACACAUGUUGCGCGUUCACUCCAUCGACUUCAGGAAUCAUGUUUUCAGUGGCAGGGAAAAUUAUACAAAGGAUGGAAAUGGAUAUUUUAACCAAUGAGUCGUACUUCGUACGAUCACAAAGAAUGUUAUCACACAAUCGGAAAGAAAAAAAUGCGAAAAUAAAUUGAUUUUUUCUUCAUAUUAUUUAAAGUCUA